AUGCGAGGGCGCGAGGACGCGAACGCGCGCGUGCUCGGAAGCCAGUGGGGCGACGAGGGCAAGGGGAAAUUAGUGGAUAUUUUGGCGCGCGAAUACGACGUCGUGGCGAGAUGUCAAGGCGGUGCGAACGCGGGUCACACUAUUUAUGACGAUGAUGGGAAGAAGUACGCGCUGCAUCUCGUUCCGAGCGGGAUUUUGAAUGAAAACGCGACGUGCGUCGUCGGCAACGGCGUCGUGGUGCACCUUCCGGGGAUGUUUGAUGAGAUUGACGCUUUAUUAAAGGCUGGUGUGGACGCUCGAGGGCGUAUGAUGGUGUCUGAUCGCGCGCAUUUGUUGUUCGAUCUUCAUAAAGAAAUCGAUGGCUUGCGCGAGGCGGAGUUGAGUGGGAAUAAAAUCGGUACGACGAAGCGCGGCAUCGGUCCCGCGUACGCCUCCAAAGCGACGCGCAACGGGGUUCGUUUGGGGGAUAUUCGAGACGCCGAUAAGUUUGCGAACGCUUUGCGCACGCUUGCGGCGGACGCGGCGGCUCGAUUCGAUGGUUUCGAGUACGAUGUCGAGGCGGAGAUUGUGCGAUACAGAGAAAUCGCGUCGCGCAUCGAGCCGUUCAUCGCGGACACGGUCGAGUACGUCAACGACGCGCACAGGAACGGGAAGAAGAUCUUAGUCGAGGGUGCGAACGCGACCAUGCUUGAUUUGGAUUUCGGUACGUAUCCGUUCGUGACGUCCUCCAACCCAGCGAUUGGUGGCGUUAGCAAUGGCCUCGGUUUGGCGCCGAGAAAGUUUGAAACCAUCAUCGGCGUCGCCAAGGCGUACACCACGCGCGUCGGUGCGGGUCCGUACCCGACUGAACUUUUCGGUGACGUCGCCGAUAAACUCCGCGAACUCGGCUACGAGUACGGCACCACCACCGGUCGCCCUCGUCGCAUCGGUUGGUUGGACAUGGUGGCGUUGAACUACGCCAACCAAAUCAACGGCUUCACGCACUUGAAUAUCACCAAGCUCGACGUAUUGAGCGAGAUGGACGAGCUCAAAAUCGGCGUCGCCUACGAGCUUCCUAACGGAAAGACCACGACUGCGUUCCCGGCCGACAUCGCCACCUUGGAAAAUGUCAAGGUGGUUUACGAAACCUUGCCCGGUUGGAAAACCGACAUCGCAAACGUGCGCUCUUGGGACGACAUGCCCGAAAACGCCAAAAAGUACAUUCUUCGCUGCGAGGAGCUCUCGGGCGUCGAGUGUCGCUACAUUGGCGUCGGCCCGGGUCGCGACGCCAUGGUAAUUAAACCGUAAUCGUAAUAAUACCAGUACUUUCGGA